CGCGAGCCCCCGGGGGCGGGUAAAACCCGGUUGCUGCUGCCCUUGCCCCCUUUCCCCUCUCUCCCCAGCCCUGCCUGCCCGCGCUUUCCUCUCACCUCGACCCCUCUUCACCCUCUCCUUGGCUUCGUCUUCCUCCCCCCAAGCUCGGGCCUCUGUGGCCCCUGUCCAAGGACGCCGCUCAGCUCCGCGUCGCGCACGCUCCUUCUGCACCCCCGCAGCCCCGUCCUCCUUGGAGGAGACUCUUGGGGUGCCCCCAGGCCACUGCACCCACCUUUAUUUUCUCCCCGGCCCCUGCCAGGGCCCCCAACUGCCCCCUCGCAGCGCCCCAGCUCGCGCCGCGGGCCCUACCCGACCUCUGUGCCUUCUGCACCGCGGCGGCCUUGCAUUCGCAGGCCCCUCUGCUGGCCGCCCCCUUCCUCCUCAGGUGUCCCGUUUGGGGGGACCCCGGAUGUACCUCUUUUUGAGGGUCUUCGAGCAGGAACAACAAACUCUCUUCCUUGAUCAUGCCUCUCCUUGUGCUUUUUCUAGCAAAAAUACUAUUUUUUUUCAGCCAAGAUCUCCCCAAUUUUCAGCAAAAAAUAGGAUAAUAAUAAUAAUAAUAUCUAGACUACAACCCCCCUUUUUGGAAUACUUUCCCAAUUACAAGAAACCAACUCAUUUCUUCCAGUUUUUCAUCUAAUGUGUUCGCUUCUCCAAACCUCCCUUCUUACUUUCCCGACAAAAAUCCUUUUCAUCAUCAAUUCUGCCACAAUUAGAUUUUUUCCCCCCCUCAAAACCCUCUAGGUUCCUCUUACCUGGCUGGGGUGGUGGGGAAGAAAUAAGGUUUUGUUUUGUUUUUGUUUUUUAAAAAAGAAAGUAGUUUCCUCCAUCUUUAUCUCUUCAGCUUAGUAUUGCUUCACGUCAUCCCCAAAUUGCCUUUCUUCUCAAUUUCAUACCUGUUUCCCUGCUUGUUUGGGGGUCCAAGUUCUGACUGCCCCUUCCUUUUCACUACCUGUUUUCAGGGCAAAAGAUAUUGGAUGAGUUUUCAAAAAUUACCACCUCACCCUUCCAGGAGGAGAUAGCGAAGGUCCGAUUCCACCUGAACCCCCUUUCCUGUGGGGCCUAAGUCAGGCCCUCCUGUUUCCUGGAGAAUCACUCACUUGCUUUUGGGGAGCUAGCUGCCAGCAAGUGCUCUCCCCUUCCUGACUCUGGACACGACCUUGCUUGUCUGGAGACAGGCUCUGGCCAGGACCUGGCAGUGGAAAGUUAUGGAGCCAUACAGCCUUGGGGAGGAGGGGGCCCUUCCAUCAGAAGGUCACCUCCCUUCCUUCUCUGAGAGUCAAGGGCUCAACUGCAGUGACACACUCAACCGGGACUUGGGCCCCAGCACACGGGACCUGCUCUAUGCUGGCUUAAGUGGUUUGGACCUUGACCCCAGUCUCUCUACAUCAGAUAUGCCCAGUGAGGUGCUGGAGGACAAUCUGGACACCCUGUCCCUGUACUCAGGGAAGGACAGCGACUCUGUGAAGCUGUUGGAAGAAUAUGCAGACUCCGAAUCCCAGACCUCCUUACAAGACCUGGGGCUGGGAGCACUCAAGGUACCUAAAGAGGCUGAUGAAGGAGGCAGGGCCACUGGGAGUACAAGGAAAGGCAAGCGGCAGCACAGUUCCCCUCAGAACCCGCUCCUGGACUGCAGCCUGUGCGGGAAAGUGUUCAGCAGCGCCAGUUCCCUGAGCAAGCACUACCUGACACACAGCCAGGAGAGGAAACACGUGUGCAAAGUCUGCAGCAAGGCCUUCAAGCGCCAGGACCACCUGACCGGGCACAUGCUCACCCACCAGAAGACCAAGCCCUUUGUGUGCAUUGAGCAGGGCUGCAGCAAAAGCUACUGUGACUACCGCUCCCUGCGCCGCCACUAUGAGGUCCAGCAUGGAGUAUGCAUCCUGAAGGAGGCCCCACCAGAAGAGGAGGGCUAUGGAGACCCAACCCACAACCAUGAUGUGGCCAACCAGCCUCCACCCAGUGGCCUGAGGUCCCUGGGACCUCCAGAAGCUAGAUCCCCUGGCUCUGUCUUGCCCAACCGAGACCUCCUUCGCUGUAUUGUAAGCAGCAUUGUCCACCAGAAGAUUCCCUCUCCUGGCCCAGCUGUGGGUCCUUCUGACACUGAGGCAAGGAGCUCGGCCUGUGCCUGCCCCACCUCACUGGGGUCAUCGUCGUGUAUACCAGCCAGCACCCCAGUGGCCCCAGGAACCCUGGGCUCCGAAGUUCCUGAGGAAACUCAUCCCCCACGGAAGGAACCUGCCACUGAAGUGUUCACAGCUGUCCAGUCAAGGGUGGCUGAGAAUGGUGCCCCUGACCCACCAGAGUCAGAGUUGGAGUCAGAGUCUCCACGGCUUCAACGGCCAUCCUCCCUGGAGGGCUGGCCGGAGGGCAGCUCCCUUCCUGCCUGCCUGCCUCUCUUCCGAGGCCAUUCUGUUCCCUCAGGAUCCCAGCCAUCCAGCCACAACUUCCAGUGGCUCCGGAACCUGCCUGGCUGUCCCAAGAACAAAGGCAGCAAUGUGUUUAUGGUCCACAAGCCCCCUGCAGUGCCAUCCCGGGAGGGCUCUGAGGGGGGCCCUGGGCCCAGCAGCAUCCCCACCACAGUGGAACCUUCACCCAGCUUGGGCACCAGCCAGGAGGACCUGCUGCCAUUUCCUCCUGCACUCCUGAAGGCACCUGGUGAGACCUCCAGUGAUGUCCGACAGACAGCUGGGGAAGAUGAUGGCUGGGCUCCCAAGAAGAGCAAACCCGACUGUGAGUCAUUCCCAUGGCAGAGCCCCCCAGAGCUUGGGCUCCAAGAUACACAGAACCCAGGUGGGCUCCCCUCAGAUGCCACACCCCUCUUCCGGCAGCUGUUCAUGAAGUCACAGGAGUCUCUGGUGAGCCACGAGCAGAUGCAGGUGCUCCAAAUGAUUGCCAAGUCCCAGCGGAUCUUCUCCCACACCCAGGUGGCUACAGCCUCAGCCCAGAGACCAGGGCCGGAGGGCAAGCAGUCAGCCCUGAAGCCAUUGCAGGGGCCAUGGCCACCACAGGCCCUGCCACCAGUACCCGCUGUGGACUCCUUCCAGAUAGGCCCUGGACACUCAGAGCCAGAGGGAUCCCCGGUCCGCAGGAGGAAAACCAUGCCUGCAGUGUCCAGAGAAGCAUCUCCUGGUGGCCCGAGGCGAGACACAAAAGGAGGACCCAAAGUGGCCUCUGCACCACCAUCCCUCACAGGGCCAGCUCUGCACCCGUCACGGAAUCCAGACAGCUCUUCUCUGGCCAAAGGGACCUUGGACCUGGGGGACAUCCUCCCCAGUGCAGGCUCACGGCAGUCCCAGUUAGGUGGAGAUGAGCCAGCUGGAACCCAGCUGGUUGGGAAACAGGGGCAAGGUGAGAAUGCCCUGGCUUCAGGGGCCAUGAGAGGGGAGAAGGGCCCAGCCUGCCCACGAGGCGGAGGCUACAGGCUCUUCUCAGGCCACCCCAGGGCCCAGAGAUUCUCUGGUUUCCGGAAGGAAAAAGUAAAGAUGGAUGUGUGCUGUGCAGCUUCUCCCAGCCAGGUGGCCAUGGCCUCCUUCUCAUCGGCUGGGCCUCUGGCAGAUCCCCCCCGGGACAUGAAGUCUAAGCUGACAAUCUUCAACAGAAUCCAGAUAUCCUCUCAUCUCCAGGGUGGAAAUAUCUACAGACUCCCCCAUCCAGUGAAGGAAGAGAGCUUGACAGGCGGAUGCCAUCAGCCAAAUGGGGGUCCCACAGACUGGAUGGAGUCAAAGAGCACUUUUGUGUGCAAGAAUUGCAGCCAGAUGUUUUAUACCGAGAAAGGGCUGAGCAGCCACAUGUGUUUCCACAGUGACCAGUGGCCAUCACCUCGGGGGAAGCAGGAGCAUCAGGGACAAGAGAAAGAUGGGGAAGAGAGAGACAGCAAGGAGAGCAACCAGAACAGAAAGCGGAAGAAGCGGCCCCAGCCCAAGGCCCUGUUUGCCCCUCCUGCACCCUCUGCCCUUGGGGAGCCAGGCCCAGGAGGGUGCCACCAGAGCUGCCUACGCUCUCCUGUGUUCCUAGUGGACCACCUCCUGAAGGGCUUAUUUCAAUGCUCUCCUUACACACCGCCACCCAUGCUCAGCCCCAUCCGGGAGGGCUCUGGCCUAUACUUCAACACCCUCUGCUCCACGUCCAGGGCUGGGCCCCAUCUCAACAGCCCUGUGUUUGACCAAGUGGAUGGCUCCUUUGGCAUCUGUGUGGUGAAGGAUGACACCAAAAUCAGCAUCGAACCACACAUCAACGUAGGAAGCAGAUUUCAGGCGGAGAUCCCAGAACUGCAGGAGAGGCCGCUGGCCAGAGUGGAUGAGAAUGUAGCAUCUCUGGUCUGGAAGCCAUGGGGAGAUGUGAUGACCAACCCAGAGACCCAGGACAGAGUGAUAGAGCUCUGCAAUGUGGCAUGCUCCAGUGUGAUGCCAGGAGGGGGCACCAACCUAGAGCUUGCCCUCCACUGCCUGCAUGAAGCCCAGGGCAGUGUUCAGGUUGCCCUGGAGACUCUGUUACUCAGAGGACCCCAGAAGCCCCGGACUCACCCGCUAGCUGACUAUCGCUACACAGGCUCAGAUAUCUGGACCCCCAUGGAGAAGAGGCUCUUCAAGAAGGCAUUCUGUGCCCACAAGAAGGACUUUUACCUGAUUCACAAGACGAUCCAGACUAAGAGUGUAGCACAGUGCGUUGAAUACUACUACAUCUGGAAAAAGAUGGUUAAGUUUGACUGUGGCCGAGCUCCUGGGCUGGAGAAGAGGGGCAGGAGAGAGCUGGAUGAGGUAGAAAGGACUGAAGACAAGGUCACUUGCAGCCCUCGGGAGAGACCCACCCACCGCCCAACUCCUGAGCUAAAGAUAAAGACCAAGAGUUACAGGCGGGAGUCUAUCCUUCAUUCCAGCCCAAGUGCAGCCCCCAAGCGUACCCCUGAGCCUCCAGGGAGUGUGGAGAGCCAAGGCGUGUUCCCUUGCAGAGAGUGUGAGAGAGUAUUCGACAAGAUCAAGAGUCGGAAUGCCCACAUGAAGCGCCACCGCCUCCAGGAGCACGUGGAGCCUGUCAGGGUCAAGUGGCCUGUGAAGCCUUACCCACUGAAGGAGGAAGAGGAGGAGGAAGAGGAGGAGCUAGGGGCUGACAUGGGCCCCCUGCAGUGGUGACUCCUUGCUGGAAGCCGGUUUGCAAGGAGGGAGGAUCCAGCCCUGAGCCAGUGCCCUGGGUCUCUCAGAAGUGUUUGGGGCACCCUACCCUCUCUGUCCUCUAAAUGCCCAGCUUUGCUAACAAGCUUGGCUGGCAUUUGGACACGAACAGGCAGAAGCUGUCACAGGUAGCUCUGAAGUCAUGUGGGUGACCAGAAGCUCCAUUCUUUCCUGGUUAAUAGUUGCUUAUUUGCAGUCCCAUUCACUUAGAGCAAGGGACCCUGGGAAGCAGAAGGUUUGGUCUAGGUAGCUUUUAGAUCUGAGCUGUAGGCAUGGGACUGACAUUGCUUAGAGAGAAUCAGUGAGGACACCUGAGAUCCAGUGAGCUGGGCCUCCUCUUGGGGGGGGGGGGCUCCCUGCAUUCCCACCAUCCCUAGUCUUGCAAUGACUGUAUAUUGUUAGGUGUGUUUUUUUAUGUGUCUGCUUGUAUCUUAUUAAAUUGGGUUCUUAAACA